UUAAGGAGGCUCCGGCGCGCCUUCAGCACCACUUCGCUGUCCACCCACCCACGGGAGAGCACGCACGCACGCACGAACGCGCCAACCCGACGCAGCACAACCGCAACCAUGCCGAGGUCUUUUCUGGUGGAUUCGUUGAUUUUAAGGGAAGCCAACGACAAGGGGAGCGAGAACAGCCCGCCGCUGUUCCCUUACGCCGUGCACUCGGCCGGCCACCACCCGCACGGCCUGCCGGGGUCCUGCCACUCCAGGAAGGCCGGGCUGCUGUGCUUCUGCCCGCUGUGCAUGGCCGCCUCCCAGCUGCACCCUUCUCCACCCGCACUGCCGCUCCUCAAGGCCUCCUUCCCGGCCUUCUCCUCGCAGUACUGCCACACGGCCCUCUCCAGGCAGCACUCCGCAUCCAACAGCAUCAACCUCGGCCACGGCGCCGCCAUGUACCAGGCCGCCUACACCGUCCCGGACCCACGCCAGUACCACUGCAUCUCCAUCGAAAGCAGCAACAGCAAACUUCACAGCAGCAAGCGCAUGCGCACAGCCUUCACCAGCACGCAACUUUUGGAGCUGGAGCGGGAGUUCACGUCCAACAUGUACCUGUCCAGGCUCCGGCGCAUCGAGAUCGCCACCUACCUCAACCUGUCCGAGAAGCAGGUCAAGAUCUGGUUCCAGAACCGCAGGGUGAAGCACAAAAAGGAGGGCAAGAGCGGGCCCGGCGGCCCAAGGACCGCCGCGCACGGCUGCAAGUGCUCGUCCGCCGCCAGGUGCUCGGAGGAAGAGGAGGACGACAUGCCCGUGUCCCCUUCGUCGUCCUCCGAGAAGGAUGACGUGGACUUGUCCGUCUCACCUUAAAUCUGAGGAUUUUCUUUUAUAUAUAAAAAAAAAAGCCAAAAAAAGACUGCUUCACUUGUGUACAUACAAAGAGAAUAUUUAAUCAGGGACUUGUCCUGAAGUAUUGUAUAGAGCAGUAUACACGUUGUACGUUUGCUAUGUAGUUUUUUUCUGAAAACGGUCAAUUUGUUCUAUUUGUGCAUUUGAGAUCAUGGAGAAACAUUUCCCCUUCUGGGCACACCCCCCCUCAAAUGUUUUGUGU